AUGAAAAGAAAAGAUAUCAAUAACUCAAAAUUGGUUAAUAAAAUAUAUCUUGCAAAUAUAUUGAUGCUCUUGAAGAAAGAGUUGAAGAUAUUAAUGAAAUCCAUUAAUAAUAGGAUUUAAAAAUUGUUGAAAAUAAAGUUGAUGAAAUCAUUUAAUAAAGAGCACAAAAAUUUGAAUAUAGAAAAUGCAUUAGAAUUUAUAGGAUUUGGUUUGUUAAAUGGUAUUUAUGAUUCAAUGAAUAAAAAAAUCAUAAUUGCAAGUGACAAUCGUAAAACAUAGCCAUUAUUAGUAGAUAUUCCAAAAUCCAUCUAAAUUGAUUAAUUAAUUAAUUUUGCCUAAAAUCUAUUAAUUAGAGUAAAACAAAUUAUAAAUAUUAAUCUUUUUUAAUUUAAUCAAAUAAUGAAACAUGUGUUUUUUUUUAUGAGGAAAAAGAUCAAAAUUAAGUUAAGUUAAUUUAAAAUAAACUAUUUUAAUAUUAAACAAUAAGAAAAAUAUUUAUUAACUAUGAUAGAAUAUAUCAUAGAUAAAUAUAAUAAUCAAUUAAAAAUCUAAUAACAAAUUUUAGCAGAAUUAUAAGCACAUAAAUUCUAUAUUAGAAUGAUUAAGUUGGAUUAGAUAUAAUAUAUAUUUAAGAAUUUUUAAAUGAAGGUCAAUUUACUUAAUUGUUGA